AUGCUCCUCCUCAUCGCCGGAAUCACCGGCUCCUUAGGCCAACGUCUCGCCGAACAAGCCCUAUCCCGCGGCCUCUCCGUCCGGGGCCUCGGGCGCCAUCCCUCCAAACUCCCCCCUCGACUCACCCAAGCCCUCGAAUCCUUCAUCCCCUGCACCUCACACUCUGACCUCCCCGCCCUCCGCACCACCGUCACAGGCGUCGACGCCAUCGCAUGCGCCUACACCACAGACCCGGUGCUCUACCUCGAAGGCGGCCUGUGGCUCCUCCGCGCCGCCGAAGCCGCCAACGCCAACGUCCAGAUCUUCAUCGCUGCGUCGUGGACCCAGGACUGGACGAAUAUCCAACACGGAGAUUUCGAGCUGUAUGAUUCGAUUCUGGCGUUUGUGGACCACGUCGCUGCUACGAGUGUGAUUCGGCCCGUGUAUUUGGUUAAUGGCACGUUUGCGGAGUGGUUGAUGCGGGCUGCUACUCCUGGUCUCGGUUCUGAGGGGAAUGGCAAACCCUCGGGCUCCGUGCGUUGUGAAUACUGGGGCACCGGCGAUACGAAACGGAUCUCGUGGACGACGAUGGAUGAUGCAGCGGCGUACACGAUCGAGCUUUUAUGCAGCAACCCCGCGAUCCGGGAGGGACAGGGAGGGGUCUUCCGAUUCCGGUCUGGGGAGCUGACACUGCGUGAGAUGGCGGCUAUUUAUGAGAAGGUGACGGGUCAGGAGGUUGAGGUUGUUUGUAGGGGGAGUUUGGAGGAUGGGGAGAGGGAGUUGGAUGCGAAGAAGAGGGAGACGGGGCGUGCUGGGGUUUGGGAUCGACUGCGUUUGUCGUCGAGUGUGGUUGCGGCUAGAGGGUCGUGGGAGUUUAAGGAGCCGGUUUUGGAUUUGUCGUAUGUGAAGGAGCCGACGAGUUUUGAGGAGCAUCUUAGAGAGAGGAUGGAGGGGGGUUUGAGGUGUGGUGGGAUUGGUAGGGAAGCGUAG